CUCCCCUCCCCUCCCCUCAUCCUCCCCUGCCGGACCGACCCGCCGGGCGGAACCUUUAUUCCCCCACCCCCCCGGGGACGGGGACCGGGUCGGACCGGAAGUCGUGUGCCGGCUGUGGGAUGGCGGGGCUGCGGAGGUCGGGCCGGGCCUGGGCCGCAGCCUCGGCCUUUCCCCGCCUCACACGGGCAGCGAGGCGCUGGCUGAGCGGGGCCGACGGCCGGCGGGUCCGGGCAGCGCCGCCCUGGAGAAUUCUCUUCUUCGGAACCGACGCGUUUGCGCAACGGACGCUGCAGGAGGUGCACGGGCGCAGAUCCUUAGAUGAUGGGAAUCUGCUCAUAGAACGGCUGGAGGUUGUUACUUUGCCAAGCACUAACUGUGGUGAGCUCCCUGUGCGAAGGUACGCUAAGAUGAAUCAAAUUUCAGUUCACGACUGGCCUUGCCUCACGGAGUGUCAUCACUUUGAUGUUGGAAUUAUCGUAUCGUUUGGCGCUCUGCUCAGUGAUGUCGUCAUUCAGCAGUUCCCAUAUGGAAUACUGAAUCUCCAUCCCAGUCUCCUUCCAAGGUGGAGAGGUCCUGCUCCAAUUUUUCACACCCUGAUCCAUGGUGAUCAGGUGACUGGUGUAACCAUCAUGCAGAUUCGACCCAAAAGGUUUGACAUUGGCCCCAUUCUAAUGCAGCAGGAGUGUCCUGUUCCUCCAAGAUGUACGUCUGAUGAACUAGGAGCGAUACUGGCAGAAAAAGGUGCUGAAAUGCUGCUGUCGGUGUUGAGGAAUCUGCCGGAAUAUGUUGAGAAUCAAUGGGAGCAAAGCAAGGAGGGUGUCACAUUUGCUCCUAAAAUCACUGUUGCUGACAGUUGGGUGAAUUGGGAGGAACAAACAGUGGAGGAGCUUGAUCGGUUAAACCGGGCGAUAGGAUCCAGGCUGCCAUUGCGGACGCUGUGGAUGGGCAGGACCGUGAAGCUGUUGGAUUUAGUGGAUGUAGAAGAAAUCCCUGACCUCCCGGCUGCCACACAGGAACAGUUAAUCCCAGGGACUGCCCACUUCCAUAAGGAAUCAAACGUGCUCCUGGUGCGCUGCAAGAACGGCUGGACUGGCUUCAAACAAGUGGUGUUGAAGAAGUUGCUUACGGCUGCAGAUUUUUACAAUGGAUACCUCCAUCCAUACUUUCAAGGAAAUGCAAUUCAUCAAAAUGUAGCCAGAUUUCAGACACACACACCUAAAGCAAAGAUCAAAAAAAUGCCAAAAUGAACUGGAUUGUGACAAUGAUAAAGAUGUAAGUGUAA